AUGCAGUCCUACACAGCGCCACAAGAAACCCAGCCCAAAAAUGACCCACAGACAGUCACGGCACAAAGUUGGGCAAUACCGCAGUCAGAACGUGAAGGAGAAACACACACAGGAGACACAGACCAAAAGCUUGCCAUGCCACACAAGUGCACACAUCCAACCACGACCCUCAAAAUCAGGCCCAGACCCAAACGGAUAAAACAGACACCACACACAGAGGACCCACCAGAACACGACACCACUACAACCAAGCGGAAAAACAACACGGGAACCAAAUUACUAGUGGACGAGCCUCAUCAUGGUAUCGCCGAAGGCUGA